GCAUAUUAUUAGCAUAAAUUCAGGCCUGCCAUGUUUUCUCCUGCAAUGGCCUACUAAUCGGUUGGAUUCAAGGAGAUGGGUGCUAUUCUCUCGCUCUCUCCAAGAUCCGGAAAGCCGCUUAAUGAGUUAAAUUUGAAUAACUUUAAUUAUGAGCUUUUGAACAACGUAAAGAACAACAAUAUCCAUACUAACAACAACGGAUCACGAGCCAGCAGCGUCAAGAAGACGAUAGCAAAUGCUUUGAGUUGGAGGAAGAGGUCUAAGUUCGUCAAGAACGACAACCGAAUUAAAGACGAACAAAACAACAAUGCUGGAAACGCUCCUAAAAGCAUCUCGUGCUACAAUCUCAAACAAUCCUCAACAAAUUCCUCCUUAACAGAGCAUGUUCACGUCAAAAAGGUUGCAAGUGAGAAAAACAUAAACAAGAAUCUCGGUAAGGUCGUCACAUCACCGCCACCCUCCGAAUUAGCCUCUCCUACAUCUCCGAAGAAGACUGUAAUACAAGCAUCCACUUCGGAACUUUUACGAUGUUUAGGAGAAUUCCUCUGCCGUACCUGCAAACACCUGAGACACUUAGACGGGGGAGAUGCUAUCGUCUGGUUACGAGGCGUUGAUCGAGCCUUACUUCUACAAGGCUGGCAAGAUGUAGCUUUCGUUAAUCCAGCGAAUGUCGUCUUUGUCUUCCUGCUCGUUCGCGACAUGAUUGACGAGAGAGUCAUCACAGAACGAGAACUACAGGCCAUCGUUCUCACUUGCUUAUAUAUGUCUUAUUCUUACAUGGGCAAUGAGAUUUCUUACCCACUGAAGCCAUUCCUAAUCGACGACGAUCGCGACAAAUUCUGGAAGAGGUGCAUUCAAAUUGUCAACAAACUCAGCGCCGAUAUGCUCAGAAUCAACAGUGACCCGGCAUUCUUUACGUCAGUAUUUACGCAAUUGAAGUCCUACUCUCCUUUGUGA